UGAUCUUCACUUGUGUCCUUCGGUUCAAUUGCUGGAGUAUGGCCAUUUGUCUGGUCUUUGAAUAAAAAUCAGUGAAGUCCCAACGGCAUUUUGUUCGUUUGGUUUCGUUUUCCAAACCCAGCUAUUCGAGAAUUCAAGUCAAGCACCAUGCCUUCGGUCAUAGAAAUCCUUCGGCGGGCCGACCAUCGCAGGCUACGUGCCGGCAUGGCUGUGCUGUUCCUCGCGGCCUUCUCCUCGCCGGUGACCCUGCGGGCCCUGUCCCCAGUCUAUGGAGGUGCCCCGUCCCAUAUUUUUCACGGAUAUGGCGCUGGAGUGGUCGCAGCUGCUGCGUGGUUCUUGAAGGACCACGUCCACCGGCUGUCGCGUCGCAAGGCCGUUUAUUUCCUUCCCAUACUGGCAUUCUGGAUCCCCACGGUCCAAUAUCUCAUGUUCCAGCAGAGCCGUCUUCUGGGGAACCCCUUGGGCCCGGUGCUGACGGACAUCUUCACCUACUAUCCUUUGUUGUUCCUGUCUGUGGCCUGCGCCGGUAAAUUGGUACAGAUCGGCCUGCGCGUCGAAAACGAUGGGGACCUGAUGGCGGAGCAUGUACCUCUGCUAAGCUCCUACGUCGUCUAUGCGAUCGGUUUGAAGUUUGCCAAAACUUUCAUCGCGAAGUUCAUCGGGUCGUUCUACCUCUUCACCAGCGGUGGCUUGCAGCUCAUCAUUGCCGCGUUGUACUCGGCCGCCAUCCCAUCCAAGCUGCUGCUCCUGGCGCUCCCGUCUAUUCUGUUCUCAACCACGGCGAAUGUGCAUAUGCCUUUUGGCCGCACGACGGCGGCCAUGGACUCUGCUCUUCACGAGGAGGGAUACGCCCUUGUGGCCCGCCAGGAGUCCACGACCGGCUACAUCUCGGUCCUGGACAACUUGGACGAUGGCUUCCGGGUAAUGAGGUGCGACCACAGUCUCCUAGGCGGCCAGUGGACCAAGACGCACCGCAACUAUGACCCGGCAGUCAAGGACCCGAUCUACGCUGUCUUCACCAUGCUGGAGGCGGUUCGACUGGUCGAGGAUGUUAGUGGCGGACCCCGAACGGAUGCAGGUCGCAAUGCACUCGUCAUUGGCCUCGGAGUCGGCACGACGCCCUCCGCCUUGAUGUCGCACGGAAUCGAGACUACCGUCGUGGAGCUGGACCCGGUCGUGCACAAAUUCGCUCAGCAGUAUUUCCACAUGCCGUCCAACCACAUCGCCGCCAUCGAGGACGCUAUCGAUUUUGUGCAGCGCGCCCGGCAGGCAGUCCAGCCUGUUGAGUACGACUACAUCGUGCACGACGUCUUCACCGGAGGCGCCGAGCCAGUCGAGCUGUUCACCCUGGAAUUCCUCCAAGGCUUGGACGCUCUCCUCAAACACGACGGAGUCAUCGCCAUUAACUACGCAGGCGACCUCAACCUCCACCCCGCCUCCCUAGCAGUGCGCACCAUCCAAGCCGUCUUCCCCUCCUGCCGCAUCUUCCGCGAAGACGUCCCCGUCGACAACGCCUCCGACUUCACCAACAUGGUCGUCUUCUGCACGAAGAGCAGGAGCCCCGAACCGCUGCGCUUCCGCGACCCCGACCCCACCGACUACCUCGGCAGCCAAUUCCGCCAGGCCUACCUGGUGCCCAAGCACGAGAUCGACCCCGCCGUUUUCCAGAAUGUGCACAAGGGCGGUCGCCAUGUGCUUCGCGCUAAGGAUACCGGCCGGCUGAGCAAGGCUCAGGAUAGGGGUGCGCUUGAGCAUUGGGGGAUUAUGCGCACGGUGAUGCCUAAUGCGGUGUGGGAGAAUUAUUGAUUUUUUCCUUUCUCUUCCUCUUGUGGGACGAAGGGAUUGCUCCGUGAUUGUUGAUUUGUUGUAUAUCGUAUGUAUGAUGUGAAUGUUGUGUAUGAUGUGGACUGAUAUCAGGAUGGAAAGGGUGUAUGUAUAACUGCCAUGUCUCAUGUUGUUGGUUAUGACGAUUGAUCUGUAUUUACUACCUGUACGAAGAUAAAUAAUGUUUUCC